CGCUUCAAGUCCUUCAGCUGAACAGCAUACGAUGGCAUUUUUCAAAAGUUGUUUGGCAGUUGCGUUAAUUGCAUCGGUAGCUUAUGGAAGUCCGGCACCCAAACCAGCCUUCUGGAAAGGUUGGUCUUUGGACAACAUCGAAGAGAUGAGGGCAAUGUGUGCUAGCGACGACGAUGCCAUCGCCUGUCUCAAAUACAAAUUCCUGUCGUUUGUCGACAACAUGUUCAAGAAGGAUUCCCUUCAACUGUCAGACAGUGUAGAAAUCAAUCGCAACAGUUUCCGUGCCAACGAGGUCAGUGCUAGGAGCGAAUCAUCGGUGGAAGAUCUUGUUGAAAGUUACAUCCAAUCUCAUGACGUUACUUUCAAACUUCCUGGAUCUGCAAUUACCGUGGAAGGAAGAAAUUUAGACAACGAAGUACUUAACUUCAAAGUUAAUUUUUCUGGUGAAAGCGAAGUCGGGGAAGCCAGGAAGAAGGUGAAAAAGUCCAAGCUCAAGAAGAUCAUCGUACCCAUCCUUGUCUUCAUUCUAUUGAAGGCUAUGACUCUCAUUCCCUUGGCUCUCGGUGCCCUUGGUCUCAAAGCGUGGAACGCUCUUCAACUAUCCUUCUUCUCCUUUGUCAUUUCCGUAGCACUUGCAGUAUUCCAACUUUGCAAAAAAAUCGCAGCUGAUAGCGCGCCACCUCAGAUUUCUGCUCACGGUCCAUGGGAAAGUGCCCAUUUGGCUGCUCGGUCAUUUGAAGAGAAGACUCCUGUUAACGAAGAGGAAGCUCAAAAGCUCGCAUAUGCCUCAUAUCUUUAA